AUACGGCUUCCAGGAUGAGAAGGGCGGCCCUGAAGCCUAAAGCAAAGCCAGCCCCAAGGCUACACUCCUUCUAGCCUCCUCGCAGCUCUGCAACAGUCCGGACCCCCGGCCCUCCAGGCCUGGAGGUGCUCCCUAGGGAAACUCAGGCAUUUGCUGGUCCUGACAUCAGUCACAGCCAGCAUGGAGUCCGGCCCUUCAAAGGAGGUCACUGCUGGGUUUGUCUAUGACAUUGGAGAGAUCCACAACUGGACUGAACUGCUCUACUUCUUGAACCACACUUUUUCCGAGUGCCACAUGGAGCUCAGUGAGAACACCAAGCGGGUGGCCCUCUUUGUCCUCUACCUGGCCAUCUUCGUGGUCGGGCUGGUGGAGAACCUCCUGGUGAUCUGCGUCAACUGGCGCUACUCAGGCCGGGUGGGGCUGCUGAACCUCUAUAUCCUCAACAUGGCCAUAGCGGACCUGGGCAUCAUCCUGUCUCUGCCCGUGUGGAUGCUGGAAGUCGCACUGGACUACACCUGGCUCUGGGGUGGCUUUUCCUGCCGCUUCACCCACUACUUCUACUUUGUCAACUUGUACAGCAGCAUCUUCUUCCUGGUGUGCCUCAGCAUUGACCGCUACGUCACCCUUACCCGUGCCUCUCCCUUCUGGCAGCGCCACCAGCACCGAGUGCGGCGGGCUGUGUGCGCAGGCGUCUGGGUGCUCUCGGCCAUCCUUCCACUGCCCGAAGUGGUCCACAUCCAGCUUCUGGAGACCCCUGAGCCCGUGUGUCUCUUCGUGGCCCCUCUGGAGAUCUUCAGCAAAUGGGCCCUGGUGAUGACCCUGUCUACCACCAUCCUGGGCUUCCUGCUGCCUUUUGCUCUCAUCGCAGUCUUCAACGUGCUGACAGUCUGCCAGCUGCGGCGGACGGGGAGGCCCGAGAGCCGGCGCCACUGUCUGCUCGUGUGUGCCUACAUUGCAGUCUUUGCCGUCUGCUGGCUUCCCUACCAUGUGUCCCUGCUGCUGCUCACACUGCAUGAGAUCCACAUCUCCCUCCACUGCUACCUGGCUAACCUGCUCUACUUCUUCUAUGAUGUCAUCGACUGCUUCUCCAUGCUCCACUGUGUCAUCAACCCCAUCCUUUACAACUUUCUCAGCCCGAGCUUCAGGGGCCGGCUGCUGAGCGCCGUGGUCCAUUACCUUCCCAAGGCCCAGGCCAGGGCAGGCAGACGUGCUUCCUCUUCCUCCUCUUCCACACAGCAUUCCAUCAUCAUCACCAAGGAGGGCGCCCAGACCACUGCAGCAGGCCCCCACCGCCAUCCCAGCCUGAACUUCCAGGCACCAAAUACUUUACCCAACUCCACUCCUUAAUCUCUUAUAGGCAGCUGAGGUAGAGUUCAGUCUCCUCCCUCUGUGAAGUGGAAAGCUGGAACUGUAGGUGAGAGAUUCUGGGGGAGCAGGGGAAAGGGUCAAAGCACUCAUGGUCAAUUCUGAAUUCAUCUUAUAUCUUGAAGUGGGGAGAGAGAGAGGGCAGGGGGAGAUGAAGAACAGGUCCUUGGUGUUGUACUAUUUGUCUCAGUCCUUGUGUCUAUGGCCAACGCACAGGGGAAAAAGGUGAAAUAAAAUAAUAGAGACAGCCAUGACUCUGUAUCUCUGAA